UACAUGCACGUGGUACAAAAUUCAAAGGUACAAAAGGGUAAACAGUGAAAAAUUUCUUGAUAACCGGCUGUUUGCUACCUGCUCUGAUGACACUACAAUAGCACUAUGGGAUCUGAGGAAAUUGAACACCAAAGUAUGCACUUUACAUGGUCACACUAGCUGGGUGAAGAACAUCGAAUAUGAUACUAAUACAAGACUCUUAGUAACAUCAGGAUUUGAUGGAAAUGUCAUUAUUUGGGACACCAACAGGUGUACAGAAGAUGGGUGUCCACAUAAGAAAUUUUUCCACACACGUUUUCUCAUGCGAAUGAGAUUAACACCAGAUUGUUCCAAAAUGUUGAUCUCAACAUCCUCUGGAUAUCUCUUGAUUUUGCACGAUCUUGACUUAACCAAGUCUUUAGAAGUAGGCAGCUAUCCCAUUUUGAGAGCAAGAAGAACUACAUCAAGUUCAGAUCUGACCACUUCAUCAAGUUCAUCUGGUCCUAGAGUUUCUGGUUCACCUUGUCAUCAUAGUGAUUCUAAUUCAUCUUCUGAGAAACACAUGUCACGAGCCUCGCAAAGAGAAGGAGUUUCACCACGAAAUAGUCUUGAAGUCUUAACCCCUAAAGUUCCUGGUGAGAGAGACCGUGGAAACUGCAUCACAUCUUUACAGCUGCACCCAAAAGGCUGGGCCACUCUUCUUCGGUGCUCAAGCAACACUGAUGAUCAGGAGUGGACUUGUGUCUAUGAAUUCCAAGAAGGAGUUCCGGUACGACCUGUCUCACCUCGCUGUUCUCUACGACUGACUCAUUACAUUGAAGAAGCCAAUGUAGGCAGGGGUUAUAUCAAAGAACUUUGCUUCAGCCCUGAUGGGCGAAUGGUUUCUUCCCCACAUGCCUAUGGGAUUCGAUUGUUGGGAUUUGACAAACAGUGCAGUGAACUUAUUGACUGUUUGCCCAAAGAAGCCAGUCCCUUGCGGGUGAUCCGUUCUCUGUACUCUCAUAAAGAUGUUGUACUGACGACAAAGUUCUCCCCAACACAUUGUCAGAUUGCCUCAGGGUGCCUUAGUGGACGGGUUUCUUUGUAUCAGCCAAAGUUUUAGGCACAACUUACAACAAAAUAAGCAACUCUUCUGGUGUUUGACAUAUAAAUUGCUUCAAUUGAGGUGAAGUAUUUUCUUUUUUAGACGAUCUUAAAAGUUUGGGUCAAGAUCCUGAUUCUUAUGAACACACCUGUGACCUGAGGACUUGGUCGUCCAGCAUCAUAGGGGCAUUGCCAAGUUAGACUCUAUGCAGCAGCAUCUUUUGCAGCAUUCCUCAGCUCCUGCUGAUCUGUGCCACUGAACCCCAGUUCUGGUUAUUUUGCAUGUUAGCUCUUGUCGAGUUUCUUUUUUCUUUUUUGAUUUUGGUGUGAAUUUUGUGGACAUUUAGCAGGAGUUUUGGUUGGGUUAGAAGAAAUCUGUGACACUAGAAUAAAACCCAAACAUUUGAUGUUGGCAUACUGAUUGUUGAAAAAGAAAUUUCAUCUUUCCUUACCAGUAUAUUUGGUCUUUUAAAGUUGCUGUUAUGUUUCUCAAUAAUGAGCACAGAUAAUGGCAUUAUUCUCAUAACUAUUGGAUAGUCUUUCAACAAAAUGUCUUUUAAGCUUCCUGUUAAAAUUAUAUUUUUCACCAUGAGAGGGUUUUGUUGUGACAUUCUAGAAAAAAUAUUAUCACCUCUCUUUGUAAUUUACUUUACUUGUAUGAAUUUUAAAAUCUCUAGCAUGUGUCCUUACUUGGUAUUUUGUUCCUGUCAACAGCAUUAUGGAGGAAGAGGGGAGAAGGAAUGAGCUUUUGUUGUUUCUGUUGUUUAGAAGAGAAUUUAUUUAUUGGAUUAGUACACUAUCUGACCACAAAGUGAUGAGGACAGUGUGGCUCAGAUAUUCUGUUUUCUCUGCCAGAUUAUUUGAAUCACACAGGAUGACAUGUUAUAGUAUUGGGGUGGAGGGGGAAUCGAGAGUAAAGAGAUGGGUUUUACUCAUAUUUCUUUCAUGAGCUAGAUGGCACAAGGUCAACUCUUAGCAUUAGUGAGAGGAGAACUGCUGUCCUCUUCAAGCUGUUGGCAUAAAUGUGGUAGUCAGUGGCUUGGAUGUCAAGACCGAGCUGAUAUGAAGACCUUUUGUUGUGUUUUGUUAUGGAGCACAGCAAGUAAAAAGCCUAUAGCAGGGCUUAAUCCCAAGGCUGACUGCUCUGCUGCAGUAAGGGGCUUUCCUUUAGUCUCCUCCACUUUGAAUGGUUUGGUGUUCAGAAGGGGUUUGCCAGAAGCUAGAGUAAUUUAAGUCACAUGCUGGCUUUUUCCCUCUUAGAUAACAUUCUCUUAAGCCAGUUGCUCUCAAACAUUAGGGUACGUUAUAAUCAUUGAGGAGCUUGUU